CAUCUUUUCGCACGCGUCGCAAAAUUAAAUCUGCUGCAAUAUUUUCUUGUUUAGUGAGCAGAAAACUGCUUCCCAAUACAAUAAUUCGAAUCUCUCAUUAUCAAUGCAAGUGAUACAAUGUGGUUUUAUGUAAAAAUGUGUUAUUCGAGGAUGUUUACAAAUUAAAGGUCCAUUUCAAUGAGCUGCUUGGUAAGAGUGGAAAGAUAUGGCCGCCGGUAAUAAAAGUGGCAGUUCGAACAAAAAAGAAACUUACCGAGAACGUCAGGAGACUGAACUAGAAGUAAUUCGUUCUAUAUACGAAACACAAGUUGAAGAUUUGCGUCCAUCCGAAGGGAAAUGGUGUCCGCUAGAAGUGCGAUUAAGACUUACUCCGCAAAAGGGCUCCGCCCGAGAGGCAUACGUUAGAGCAGACCUUCGAGUCAGUUGCAGCAAAAACUACCCGAAAUACCCACCGAAAAUAGAAUUGGAGAAUACCGUUGGUUUGUCAGAUGAGUUGAUGAAUGAAUUACUGCAGCAGCUAAAUCAACAGGCUAGCGAAUUGAAGGGCGAGGUUAUGAUAUAUGAGCUAGCAGGAACAGUGGAAAGUUUCUUACACAAGUAUAAUGUUCCACCGAAAGGAAGCUUCUACGAUGAAAUGUUAGCUAACCGGCAGCGACAGGCAGUGGCUCGACAGAACACAUUGAAGGCAGAAGAAGAUCAACGCCGGCAGUUGAUCCAAGAUGAGUUGCAGAAGCGCAAAAAGGAACUGAAGAGAACUAGAAAAGAGUCGAAACAUAGCAUGAGCGAAGUUAGUCCACUACAUCGGACCACUAGUUCUUCGGAGAACAGCGAUGGAAACAAUUUUAGGAGGUUUUCCAAUUAUUGUCUAGAUCACCGGAGGAGUGAGACCUUAUUUCUUCGAGAUGGUCGGAAAAUAGUGAAGGGAUCCUGCUUGGGACAUUCCCAAAGAGGUUGUAUUGCAUAUUCUGGAAUUGAUGUUACAACAGGGCAGCUGGUUUAUUUGACCGAAUGGAACAUCGAGUUGAACGAGGAUGGGAAAACAGUUGGGGGGCGCACUGCGGAUGAGAUUGUGACGAAUAUCGAGAAGCAGGUUGCCUGUUUAGUAACUCUAAAACACAAGAAUCUGAUUUCCUAUGACGGAGUUCUGUGUAAAGUUAAAAACGACGGAAUCGAUAUUUUUCUUGUACAAGAGUUCGUGUUAGGAACCAGUUUGUUUACUAUAUCCGGGUCACUCGGAUGGUCAGCAGAAGGAGCUAGCAUGGUUACUAAAGGCACAUUGGAAGCACUCAUCUACCUUCAUAAUAAUGGAGUAUCACAUGAUAAUCUUUCCGAUUCUACCGUAUUCAUGGACAAUUCUGGUAGUAUCAAAGUAGCUGAUUUUAAUCUCAUUCCUUACAUUCAAGAAUUGAUAACCGGACAACAGUGUGUACGAAGUGACCUUCCGGCGCUGGGAACCCUGGUCGAAUCUUUACUCAAUGCACACUCUGAAAUGAAGGAUUUUAUUGAUCGUUGUAAAUCAGAACGUACGAUAUCGGCCUCUGACCUUCUAGACCACCCAUUUUUACGACCAAUUCUUUUUCAAGAAGUUUCGAUCAAUGAUCGUAAGCAAAGUCGAGAUCUCAAGGCACCGGAUCUAGCUUCGGUCGACAGAUCUCAUCAUUUGAUGCCUGCAUACAUGAAUACUUCAGUUACUGGGGAAAAAUCACGUCUUCAGACCGAAUUUGAAGUUCUAUCUCACAUCGGUAAAGGUGCCUAUGGGGAUGUAUUGAAGGUUCGCAACAUUCUGGACAACCGUCAAUACGCAAUCAAGCGAAUAUUGCUUCCGGCGCGGAGUAAACAAUUCUACAAAAAGAUGACCCGAGAAGUAGAGCUACUAUCGCGAUUGAACCACGAGAACGUGGUUCGUUACUAUAACAGUUGGGUGGAAACUGUAAGCCCGGGAGAUGAUCCCCAUCACGGAGCAGAAUCUAGCUGUGACUGGUCUUUGAGUGCUGGAAGUGCACGCAAACGGGUAGCUAAGCAAAAUAGCGAAAAGAAUUCCGACUGGAUGCUGGAUUGUAUGGCUAUAGAUUCCAGUACCGACGACGACGAUGAAGAUGAUGAAGACAGUUCAGAUGGAAUAGAGUUUGUAGAUUCGAAUGGCGAAGUAGCGACGUAUGGAACCUAUAGCGAAUGUGCAACAGGUGAGAACGGAAAGGGGAAAACUAACGGAACAUCUGUAGCUCCGGUGGAAAUGUUAUACAUGUACAUACAGAUGGAGUUCUGCGAGAAGAGCACGCUGAGGACCGCUAUUGACUCAGGUCUGUAUCAGGAUGUAGAUCGUGUUUGGCGUCUUUUCCGAGAAAUUGCAGAAGGACUCAGUCACAUUCAUCAGCAGGGUAUGAUACACCGGGAUCUUAAGCCGGUGAAUGUAUUUCUCGAUUCGCGGGAUCAGGUUAAAAUUGGAGAUUUUGGUCUCGCUACAACCAGUAUUUUGGCACUGCAGAAUCAACAACAAGAACGCCUCACUAGCAGCAGUCAUCGAAUGCUACCGUUAGACAUGGGAAAUUCACUUACGGGUAAAGUCGGUACAGCGUUGUACGUAGCACCAGAGUUGACCGGAAAUGCAUCAAAAUCCACCUACAACCAAAAGGUGGAUCUAUAUUCGUUGGGUAUAAUUUUGUUCGAAAUGAGCAGUCCACCGCUCACCACCGGUAUGGAACGAGUUAAAACACUGAUGGAUCUCCGAACGGAUGCAAUUCGAUUUCCGGAUAAUUUCUUAAACGAAAGCAGUCAUUCGCAACAGAUUCAAGUGAUCCGUUGGUUAUUGAACCACGAUCCUAGCAAAAGACCCACUGCCGAGGAGCUUCUCUCUUCCGAGUUGGUGCCGCCUGUCCGUUUGGAAGCGGGGGAGAUACAGGACAUCGUUCGGCAUGUGCUCUCCAAUUCCCAGUCAAGACACUACAAACAUUUAAUUGCACGCUGUUUUGCCCAGGAGAGCGACACCAUUGACGAACUUAGUUACCAUCUUGAUAUGGUUCCCAUUAUACCUCGGUUCGAUUUCGUUAAGUCGAAAAUUGUUGAACUGUUCAGGAAGCACGGUGCUAUCGAAGUGGUGACUCCUCUUCUGACACCGUACGCGAAAGCUUCGGCUCGAAAUAACUCUGUUAAAUUGAUGACCCAUUCGGGCAGCAUCGUAUCACUUCCAGAUGAUUUACGGGUUCCGUUUAUGCGACAUGUGGCAUUGAAUGGUAUAAAAUUUAUUCGACGAUAUUCGAUCGGACGGGUUUACCGGGAGAAGAAGGUAUUCAACUUUCAUCCCAAACAAGUCUAUGAAUGUGCGUUCGACAUUGUAACUCCCAAUCGCGGCAACCUGAUUGUGGAUGCCGAGCUGGUCUCGAUAGCCAACGAAAUAAUGGUCGAACUAAAUCUUCUCGAUCCCCAACGGGAAGUGUUUUUUCGAAUGAACCACAUUAGUUUACUACGCUCGAUCCUGCUGUACUGCAACGUUCCGCUAGAUAAAUACAAAGAUUUGUUCGAAAUCGUAGUAGAUUUUCUCGACAGAAAAAUACUAAAAUUUCAGCUGGUGGCCUCUGUUAAUAAUCAAAUUGCUCAACCUGGAAUCAAAAUUAACACAGCUUAUCUUUGCGAAGCACUACAAAUUGAGGUACCACUGGGGCAAAUUAAUGGUACGAUCCUCAAAACAUUGAUCCGAGGGAAAGGAGAAGCUGCUACGUUAGCUAAAGUGGCAAUCAGAGAACUGGAAACGGUUGUAUCUUUUGCUCAAGGAAUGGGAGUUCGACGUCCGCUCAAUAUUUGCCCCGGAUUGCCCAUCAAUUAUGAGCGUGCAAAAAGUGGUGGGGUUGUAUGGCAGCUGAUUGGGGCACUAAAGGCAAAAAAGAAAAAUCCGCUUACCACGAUUGCCGUUGGAGGCCGAUAUGACGCCAAACUGGCCGAGUUUCAAAUAUCUGGAAUCAACAAUGGGUUACAGGUUCCCAAGGUCGAACUCUCCGGAGCAGGAUUCAGUUUUCAUUUGGAUAAAUUAGUUAACGCGAUUGGAUCUACCACGGGUUGUGAGCCUGUGGAAGUCAUGAUCUACAUCACCAGUUCUAGACCUCCCCUAAGGGAAGUUGUUCAAAUUCUACGUUCUCUAUGGUCAAACGGAAUAAAAACUGGAUUGUUGGAAGGCGCCCUGUCAGUCGAUGAAUCAGCCAAAGAAGUCGGUGCCACCAUGGUAGUUAUGAUAGGCGAAGGUGGUGAGCUUCGGGUACGCUGCUUAGACAAUGAUCGAUUUCAAGAACGGCACGUGACUCGGGCAGAACUCAUCCCCUACACAUUGAGAGUUCUUCGGCCCGAUUCAUCCACAAGUGAUUUAGCAGUUGCUCUGCAAAAUACGUCUAUUACGAACACUGCCUCAAUCAAAAGUAUUCCAUCGCUAAGCGGCCAAUCGCAGAAUAGCAGUACUGCCUCGCUCGAUCUCAUCUUUUUAACGUCGGAGAAAAUGAAUGCGAAUAAAAAACGCCGUUACGAGAACCAGGUUGAGCACAAGCUAUCGCCCAUUCUGUCCAAGUUCCAUAAAAAGGAAAAAAUUUCCUUGAUUAUGGUUGAUCUCCCGAAAGCUCCGCUCCGCGAACUGAUUGGCUUGCUGGAUCCGUCCGAAUGCGGUAACGACGAUGGAACCUCAUCAAUUUCGUUUGAACUGAAUGCUCUCAUCGAGCGAUAUCCGAAGUACAAGCGUAACAUUAGAGAAAUUUAUGGCGAAAUUAUGGAUACUUUCAGUGAGAGUAAAGCUAUGCCCAUAGUCGGGGUUUACAGCGUAAUAGAUUCGUUCAGUCGACUUAUUCUGUAAAAGACACCAUAGUAUUUCAUGAAAAUUUCGACAUUUCUAAACCAGACACCAGUGUUAUCAUAAAGUGCUUAUAGUGAC